AUGAGAUCCACGACGGAUCUGUUCAAGAACAGAUCCCACGCUGGGAAUUACGAUCGACGACAGCAGUCGAAACCUAAGACUUUCCCGUGUAGCUUUUGCAGCAGGAAAUUCGACAGUUCACAGGCACUUGGUGGUCAUCAGAAUGGUCAUAAGAAAGAAAGAGGUGCAGCCAGCAGAAGAUACCAGUCGCUAAGAAUGAUGGGUUUUCUGACGAACAGAUCACUUGGAGUCGGACCCCAUGCCGCCGUUCUAAGCAGAGAGGCAAGAGGAAUGACAUUUGCAGAGAGACUCGACGUUAAAGAAGCUCGUGUAGGGUUUGGAACGGGAUAUGUGCCCUUCACGGUGGAUUUUGAGGAGGCCAUGAAUUAUCUGAUGAUAUGGCCCGGGAGCUUUAGCAUGGCGGCAGAGCCACCAUCAGAAUCAAUUAAGCUAGACUUAAACCUGCGCGGGAUCUGUUCUUGA